CUCGUCAGUUCAUCUCCGUCUGCCUGCCGCUGGUGCAGGUGAGGCCUAUGCGGGAAGAUGGCGACGGACAAACCGAAACAUGAAGGCAGGGUGAAAAUUGGACACUACAUUCUCGGGGAUACUCUCGGAGUAGGCACGUUUGGAAAAGUAAAAGUGGGCCAGCAUGAGUUGACCAAGCACCAGGUGGCGGUGAAGAUCCUGAACCGCCAGAAGAUCCGCAGCCUGGACGUGGUGGGCAAGAUCCGCCGCGAGAUCCAGAACCUCAAGCUCUUCCGCCACCCGCACAUCAUUAAACUGUACCAAGUUAUUAGCACGCCCACAGACAUCUUCAUGGUGAUGGAGUAUGUGUCUGGAGGAGAGCUCUUCGACUACAUCUGUAAAAAUGGCAAGUUGGAUGAGAAGGAGAGCAGGCGGCUGUUUCAGCAGAUCAUCUCUGCAGUGGACUACUGCCACCGACAUAUGGUGGUGCACCGGGACCUGAAGCCAGAGAACGUUCUCCUGGACGCUCACAUGAACGCCAAGAUUGCAGACUUUGGUUUAUCAAACAUGAUGUCUGAUGGUGAAUUCCUGAGAACGAGUUGCGGCUCUCCGAACUACGCCGCUCCUGAAGUCAUAUCUGGAAGGUUGUACGCGGGUCCCGAGGUGGACAUCUGGAGCAGUGGCGUGAUCCUGUACGCGCUGCUGUGCGGCACGCUGCCCUUCGACGACGACCACGUGCCCACGCUCUUCAAGAAGAUCUGCGACGGCAUCUUCUUCACGCCACAGUACCUCAACCCGCAGGUCAUCAGCCUGCUCAAGCACAUGCUGCAGGUGGACCCCAUGAAGAGGGCCACCAUCAAGGAGAUCAAAGAGGACGACUGGUUCAAGCUGGACCUUCCUAAGUACCUGUUCCCGGAGGACGCGUCCUACAGCACCACCAUGAUCGACGAGGAAGCCCUGAAGGAGGUCUGCGACAAGUUCGAGUGCACAGAGGAGGAGGUGCUGACGUGUCUUUACAGCCGUAACCAUCAGGACCCGCUGGCGGUGGCCUACCACCUGAUCAUCGACAACCGGCGCAUCAUGAGCGAGGCCAAGGACUUCUAUCUGGCGUCCAGCCCGCCGGACUCCUUCCUGGACGACCUGCCGGCGCACCACUUCACCAAGCCGCACCCGGAGCGCAUGGCCUUCAUGGUGGCCGAGAGCCAGAUGAUGCUGCCGCCGCAGCCCGUGCGGCCGCGCCACACGCUGGACGAGCUCAACCCGCAGAAGUCCAAGCACCUGGGCGUACGGCGCGCCAAGUGGCACCUGGGCAUCCGCAGCCAGAGCCGACCCAACGACAUCAUGAGCGAGGUGUGCCGCGCCAUGAAGCAGCUCGACUACGAGUGGAAGGUAGUGAAUCCAUAUUAUCUGCGCGUGAGGAGGAAGAACCCCGUCACAGGCACGACGACUAAGAUGAGUCUACAGCUUUACCAGGUGGACAGCAGAACAUACCUGCUGGACUUCAGGAGCAUAGACGACGACGUGGUGGAGGCCAAAUCUGGGACUGCUACACCGCACCGCUCGGGCUCGGUGGGGAACUACCGCAUGGCCCUGAGGAACGACAAGACUGAGAAGGGCGAGGCCCUGGUGGACGGAGAGGCCUCUGCCCCCAUCAUGUCCUCCUCAGCCCCCCCCACGGCCCCCUCCACGCCCCCUGUGUGCCAGGCCAUCCCCCGGGAAGGCUCCCUGGCCUCCUCGCUCACCUCCUCCGUGGACUCGACCGGAGGCGGAGGGGGUGGAGGAGGGGUGGCGGAUCUGCUGAUCCCGCGGCCCGGCAGCCAAACCAUAGAGUUCUUCGAGAUGUGCGCCAACCUGAUCAAGCUGCUCGCCCGAUAGCUCUCACUCUCAGCUCCACUCUCGCCCACCUCCAUUUAUCUGUCUAUCCCUCUCGCUCUGUCUUUAUCUCCUUCUCUUUCUUUGUCUCUCUUUCGCUCCAUCUGUUUCUAUGUCUCUGUCUCCCUUUCUCCCUCAUUCUCUCCUCCUAUCUACUGGUCUAUCUCUGGUUCUUUACCUUCAUCAGUCACGUUGUGCCCAUUUUCUUUGUGCCCAUUCUUUUUGAGCUACCCCUUUUCAUUUCAGUUAUCCUUUCUUUUUAUUUGCUUCUGUUGUGUCUCCUCGCUCGCUCCCCCUUUCUGUCUUUAUAGCAAUAAGCAUGUUUUAACAGACUUCAUUGCUCUGCGUCAUUCCACUUAAGAUGGCUGAAUGCGAUUGGUGCACUGAGGAGGAGGUUUUUAAGCGCUCUGAAUGGGUGAUUGCGAAUGAGGGAAGAUUUUAAUUGGGGCACUGUUACACAACACUACACUUCACGUGUGUUUUGGGGGUCCUUAACAAGUUCUAUGGUGUUUGCCUGCAGCUCUGAGCUUUGGUGUACCAUGAUCGACUUAUACGAUUCGUAGAAGAGAUUAAUAAUCACAUGUGUUUAUUUAAACAUUUUUUGAAGCAGUGGUAAUACACUGGAAUGAAUGUAGUUUUCCCCCCCUCUGUCCAGCACGCACACCGGUAGUUAAUUUUGCAUUAUUCUUUCGCUCUUUUGUAUAGUCGUAGGAGAUCUAAUUGGUUUGCGGACCUUUUUCCCGGAAGUCUCAGGCCUCUCUUAACAAUUCAAUGGAUGAAAAAUUGUAAAUAGACGUGUCGAUAAUUUGGCUCUAUCACAAGAGAAGCAUGUUUUGAGACCUACUUCAUUAAAAUUCCAUUUAGGCAACUGAUUUGUCUUGAUUCUGCACGCAUUAUAGCUCAAAGCUCUCUUGGCAUAAUCCACAGGCAAGCGUAGCAGGACAGCUACACAGCACAGCUAUUUUUUGUUUCUCGAGGUAACAUGUUGAUGGUCCUCAAUGUCCCUUCAGUGGAGUAAGAGCGGCAGACGAGGCAGCAGAGGUGAGAUUUUUUUUUUCCUCUGCCUCUUUUCUCAACUAGUACACAUUUUGUUACCAAGAAUUGUGUUGUAGAGGUCAUGGCUUAAAAAAAAGGAGCUGAUCCUUGUCAUACUGUAUGACCGCAACAGUGACUACAGACUAACGUCCCCCAGUGUUUCUAUGACUGAAGUGUGAAAACACUGAGCUCUCUGUACUGUAACCAGGUGGGGUUGAAAGAUUUGCUUUGUGUCUCGGGGGUGUGUUUGUGUUGGUGCGUGUAGGUGGUCCUUUUCCACUGAUUGAUGUUUUGGUCAGGUGGUGGGGUGCAUAGACAAUACAGUAUGUCUAUGGUGUGGUGGGAAGCUCUUUUCGAAGUCACACACCUGCUGCUCUGCUUUGACAUGCGGGCAGUCCCAUAAGUAGUCAGCACACUCAGGCCUCAGUGCACCUCCUGAUUCCUCGAGCAGCCCCUGACUUUGGGGCCCACCAGGCCUAAAGCUUGAAGACCACAGGAAGAACCUUGCUGUCCAUUUGACCCAUAGCAGUGGCCUACACCAUGGAGGAGUGUAUGGUCACCUACAGUUAAUGCCCAGGUCAAGUAGACCAGCCCAGCCUAGCCUAAUGGCUCCCCUGGACCCUGUGUCUCGAAAAAGCCGUUGCUAACUACUGUUGGUUGCCUAUGGCAAAUUAUAUUGCAAACAAGUAGGUUGCUAACUUAGUUAACAAUGACACUGUUGACAAACACACCACUGGGAAUCAAGAUGUGUUUAUUGGGGUUUAAAUGGUGAGUGCAUUGACGAAGAUUUAUCGGACUGUAUUUACACUGCUCUUUACAAAGAUGUUUGGCGUCCACCCAUUCUCACCCGCACACUUUCACACAUGGCAAAGGCAUCACUUGGAGCAGUGAAGGGCUUCAGUGUCUUGUUGAGGGACACUUGAGGAUCUUGCCAGGAGGAGAGGGGAGUUGAACCAGCAACCAUUCGGUUCCUGGUGGUUCCUCCAUAAACAUGUACGUCUAUACAUGUCUUUGGGCUCUUCUCCCUCCAGAGGUCCAUUUAGUGCCCAGCCCCAGCUCAGUGCUUAAAAAGCUAACGGCUAUUUCAAAGCCUGUAGCAAAAAAAAUACUAAAAAAUAUGCUUUCUAAAGAAGUGCAAUGCCCCUGCAUCUAUAUGUUCAGGAAAAAAAAAAACUUUUUUAUUUUGAAUUUUGACUUAUUUGUUUGCAUUUUUUUUCUUUUGUAGAUCAGAGGUUGUGUUGUCUCAAAGGUCUAAAAAAUGGUCUGUUCCUUACAUUUUUUAUAGACAUAUAUAUCUAUAUAUUCCGAAAUAAACAGUUGUGUUUGGAUCUAUAUUUAUCAGUGCUCUACGUGAGAACAGCAGCUUAUUAUGUGGGUUGAUGGAUGAAUGAAUGAUUCUCUUUUUAAAAAAAUGAUUAUAUUGCUGGAUGAUGUUUUUUAUUUGAUACACAUUUGUUUUUUUUAACUGUAGAUUUUAAUCAAAGACCAUUGGUUGGCAAAAGAACCAGUGAAGUAUUGUAUAAUUGAAUUAAUCUUCUGAACUUGACGUUUGAAACGGAGGUUCUCAUUCCAGAGAAAGAGAAGCGGUAUACCGGUAUUAACUUUAGGAAAUGAGUGUGGAAUAAUCAUAAGGAUGAUUCAUGAACAUUUUUUUUCCAAGGCCUAGCCUUACGAGAAUCUCUAAAUUGAAUCGUUCUCUUUGAAAUUUAAUUCUUGAUGAUGAUGAUGUGUUGAACAAGAUACUAAUUGCCUGACAAAAAGUUGUCUAUUGUUGCGCAUGACAAUUGUAGUUAAGGACACUGAUACCAAUUUUUUUCUUUUGUUACUGGUAACAACACGCAAGUAGACUUUGCAUGUAGCAACCAUUUUGAUGACCCGGAAAGGUUUAAAUUUGCAUCAGAAGGGUUAAGAGAGUUGGUGGUGUUCUUGCUCAUUCAAGCCUGCUGAAGGUGCAGUGGUCCAUCAGCACAUUUAAAAUCUAGGUGCAUCUCUUCCCUUUUAAACUGUGUUCCCCAGGUCUAAUCCAACCGUUGUUGCGUCACUGUUGACAUGUUCCCUGGAUGUUUAAUCCUCCGUAAACAGUCUUAAAAAAACGCCUCAAGUCAGUUUGUCAGAUGCCUUAUCAUGCGAGUUCUUCUGUGCUCUGAAUUUGUGCAGUAUUUGGUUUGUUUGCGUGCGUGCGUGUGUACGUCAAUGUCCGUUAUGGUUGCCAGAGGAACAGAGUGCUGGUCAGAAGUCGGAUGAUGGCAUGAGAUGUUUGUUUGAGACACAGAUAGAACAUAUUCCAAAAUCAUUGUUGAUUCCAAUAGGAAAUGUGUUUGCUGCUUUCCUAAACGGUCUGGAACCACAUAGGAGCGCACACACUUCAUUAGAAAUGUACUUUUUUGCAUCAUCAUGCCUGGAUAUGCGAGCGUGCUUGCACUUCUGAUAAAAAGGAGAGAGCGAGAAUUGGAGGACUAUACAAGCAUCUAUCGCUGACUUGUCUUAACUGCUCUUGAAAAUCUAUACAUUUUUUGUUUUGUUUAUUUUUUUGGUGUGUGGAAAGGGAUCCAGUGAUGAGGUGUGACCUUUGUAAAGUUAUUGAUUUGUGUAUAUGAAAAAAAGAUAAAAUGAAAAGAAAAAUUUGUACACACAACUGCCUAAUAAUAAACUGCUCAAUUGCA